CUAUGGGGAUAGCCUGGGUUAGGGGCAAAUCCUGCCUGUGGGAAGGUGAGGUGUAUGGACCCAAUCCCUGGGGGUCCUGGAGAGCGCAGCCACCCUCACCCUCCCACCAUCUGAUGUUGUACAGAAUCCUGUCCCUUUUGGGGAGCUGACACGGGCUGCUGUCAUCUGCUGGAUGUCACACGGCCCCUUCAAGGGCUGUGCUGGAAUGGGGGAUGCAAAGCAGCUGUUUUUCCAUCACGAGCUCUGCUUAAAGAGAAGGGUGAAUGAAAGCAGGCCUGGUGACAGCACAGUGACCUUCCAUUGGCUGCCUCGAGGGCUUUUUCUGUGCCCGUGUCACUCGAGCACAGCAGUGAAGGCUGCUGAGCACAGUCACAGAUGCAGCUGCUCUGUAUCUCAAAGACUCCACGAGUGCAGCCACGAGGCAGACAGCUCACAUCCCUGACUCAGCUCAGCUGAAUCAGCUUCAUCCCCUCCAAAAUAUUCCAUUGGGUACAAAAGGGGUUUGCAACCACAGCAGCUGAGGUUGGGUAGAGCCACACCGCAGCAGCGGGCGUUCCUUCCCUGCUCAAAGAGCAGCUGCUGUCUGAAUGAGCUCCUCCAGCAGCACAGGGGCUUUUGGUGCAGCUGAGCAAUGCUCACAUGUUCACACGCUGCCUGCCAUCAUUCCACCACCAAGGAGUCCAGGCAGGGCUGAGCUGGGGUUUGCAGCACUCAGACCCUGCUGCCUGUGGUUCCACCUGCAGAGCAGGGUGCAGAAGGGGAUCUCCAAAAAUUGCUGUUCAAAGCUGUGCAAGUUUCAGCCCAGGCUUGCUUGUGAGGUGCCUUGAUCUGGGAGCAGAUGUAUUUUAGGGCAGUGGGUUCAAGGGCAGGGAGAAAAGGAGAGGAUGGAUGGCCCACGGUGCAGCCCCCCAGACAGUUUGCCAAGGCAGAACGAUGCUGCGAUGCUGAGGGUUGCGCCAAAAGUCACUGCAGUAAAUCAUGAAGUCAGUGACAGCAGUCGGGCAUCCAGAGCCAGAGCCUCAUUGUGCCAGGCAGAGAGCAUCUCCAAACACAACAGAACCCCCAAACGGGGCUCCACGUCCACCCCUAAACACACACAGCCCUACGGGGUUCCACUUUCAUCCUUAUGGGGCUCCACAUCCAGCCCUGAGCACCCACAUCCCUGCGCUGGCCGCAUGGGAUGCCCCAGCGCUGACAGCCCACAGCCACAAAACGGCCCCUGGGCUGCAAUAGGACCAACGAGCCCUGCCGCAUCGCCACCUCAUAAAGACCCACAGCUGUGGGGUCACAGCAGCCCCCGUUAACCCUUCCUCUCCCUUUAAGACGAGAUGAGGAGGGGGCGGUGGGCGGGGAUAGAACGCUGGGACCCCUGGCAAUUCCCGUUGGGAGACCCCAAACGCAGCAGAGUCGGUUGGACCCGCUAGCGGACAGCAGCGCAUGGAGUUGGCUGCCGCCUUGCGCUCCUCUCGUGGCCCCCAGGGCCCCCCGGCUCCGCCGCUCAUCCUUCCUGAGCUCUUCAGCUUCGUAGGCUCAGCCAAACCCUGCCAGCCUCCUGCGAUGGAGCAGCCCCUCCUCGCACCUCCGGCUAUAGGGACUCUGAUGGCACCCGGCGCGCCCCGCGGCCCCCCGCCAGGGCUGUGGAUGGCUCCGUGCGGCUGCUACUUCGACCCCCGCGUCUUUCACUUUGAGUGGGCGACCACCACCGCGCCGCCACCGGCCAACCCCCUGGGCUCCGCUUCGUUGCCCAACGUCGCCCCCGGGGCUCCGCAGAGCUGGGUGACCCCCCCAGCCCCACCGCAGCCGUUUGUGCCCUACAAACAGCAGGGUGGCGCCGUGACCCCGCUGCCGUCGGUCCCUGACUUCCAGCAGCUGGAGGGGCAGAUCCAGCAGCUGAGGAUCUCAGAGGCACCUCCGAGUGGCAGCCCUGCUGUGCCCUCUGAUGGCAUCGUCCCACUCGAUAGUGACACCCCGAUGGGCACCUCCACCACCCCCGACCCCCAGGAGAUGGGGGCCAACCUGGAGAGCUUAGACAUCGAGCUGCCCGACGAGGUGCUGCUGGAGGAGGCCGUGAGGCUCUUCAACUGCUCCCCUGAGAUGGAGGUGGUCAACGAAGACAACCCCAGCAGCGUCCCUAUGCUCGAAGACCUCGGGGAUCUCGCUGACCUCGAUGAUAUCAUCUCCAGUCACAACAUGAGCUCGCUCUUACUGCCCGAAGAGAUGCUCUCCUCUGACUACAGCAUCCCCGAAGCCUCCAGCAUAAUGCUGAGCGUGGAGCAGCUCGACAGCGUCCAGAUGAGCACCCAGGAGAUGCAGCAGGAUCUGACACCACCAGCUCUACUGCUGUCACCACCGCAGGGCGAUGAGUUGCAGCCCAAAGCCAAGCUGGAAAAGAGGGGGAAAAAGCGACGAAACAGCUUCUUGCUGAGAAAGGGCCGCAAAUAGAGAGCCUCCACCUGCAGCAGUGGGUGGGAGAGCAGGGUUAGAGGCCUU